AUGGCUUACUCUGGCACUGCGCCGGUGCCGAUGGAGUUUGGGUAUUGGCAGAUCCGGGGUCUUGGAGCUGUCUUCCGCAUGCUUUUUGAGUACAAGGAGGCCAGCUAUGUGGACAAGCUAUACAACAGCGGCAAAGACUGGUUCAAGGGCCGAAAACCCGAGAUCUUGGCCAUGAACCCCUUGGCCAAUCUGCCCUACCUCGUUGAUGGCGAGAAAUGCAUUUGUCAGACCAAUGCUAUUCUGAGUUAUUUGGGCGACAAGUUUGGCAUGAGCGGAAAAGACUCGAACACAGGAGUUGCUUUGUGA